CCCAUCGAAGGGGUCGGAGCAAAGGAAAUAUCAAUCCAACCAUAACUGAAGGUUCAUCUACUUCUUUAAGAAAAAGAAAGGCCGAAAAUGAACCACAACAACCAAAUCAAAAACGUGGCCGAGGAAGGCCACGAAAAAACACUGAACUUCAACCACAACAACCAACAUCACAGCAAAAAC